AUGAAUUCUCAGCCCUUACCGUCUAUUGUGGGCGACGACAUUGGAUUCGUAGACGAUUCCCCAUCUCUGAACAAUGGUGAUGAUACUCAGAUGCACAAAAGACCCGAACAUGGCGAUUCCUCUCACAAUUCCCAGCCACCUUUAGAGCCCUUCCUUGAUAUCCCUGUCGGCAUUCGUCGUAGAUCUACGCUUCCCGUUUCUUCUCAAGUCCCAACUCCAGAAGGUUCAGAUGACGAGGGUGAGGAUGGGGAAGAUGAAGAAAGUAAGGAAGACAAGGAAGAAAAGGAAAACGGCGAGGAGGACAAGGAAAGUAAAGAUGCUUCUGAUACUGGGCCCUUGACAGAUUCGGACGGUUCCGAAGAUUUGGAGGACACGCUUUCUACCGACAAGGUGAUGAAGAAGUUACGCGCCCUCGUGGGCGUUGACGACGUUAAGACCCAAUUCGAAGAGCUCCGGCUAUACGUACAGCACAGUAAAGUUCUUAACAUCAGCACAGCCGACGACCGCUUUCACGCCUUAUUCCAGGGGAACCCGGGGACAGGCAAAACCACAGUCGCAAAGCUGUAUGCUAAGUUCCUCAAGUCUAUGGGUGUCUUGGAGUCGGACGAUGUGUUGGAGACCACAGGUGCCAAGCUUGGAUCCAAUGGAGCCAGGGAUAUCAUCGAAACUUUCGAGGACGGGUAUGGCGGCGUGAUGUUGGUGGAUGAAGCCUAUCAGCUUGUUUCAUCCCACUCAAGCCAUGCUGGAAAACAGGUCCUCGAUGUUAUCCUCGGCGAGAUGGACAAAAGUCCCCCAAAAUGGGUCCUCAUCUUUGCUGGCUACAAGGAGGAGUUUGAACCAUUCUUUGCCCACAAUGACGGACUCAGCAGCCGCAUUCCUCAGGUCCUGUCCUUUGAGGAUUUCUCCAAUACUCAGCUUCAUUCUAUUCUUCUCAGUUUCUUCAACACGCGGUUCGCUCAACAUCGCUCCAAGGUCAAAAUUGAGGGCAACCCUGAUGGCCGUUAUAUGGAUGCAGUCGUCCGUCGUAUUGCCCAAGGUCGCACGAGACGCGGUUUUGGAAAUGCUCGAACGGUCCGCAACUACUUCCAAAGAAUUUGCCAGCGCCAAGCCCAUAGAGUUGGUCAACUCGCCAGUCCAACUAUACAACAACGCCUGUAUUUCAGCAAGGAAGACCUGCUUGGACAGAGACCUCUAGAUCUGAAAGCGACAAGCAAGUCCUGGGCCAAAUUGAACUCGCUUAUUGGGUUGAGUGAGGUCAAGAAGUCGGUUGAGAUUAUGUUCCAGAUUGUAGACACCAACUACCAAAGAGAGCUCAGGGGCAAACGACCUUACACCCACUCACUCAACCGUGUAUUUGUGGGCUCGCCGGGGACAGGCAAGACUACAGUUGCAAAACUGUACGGCAAGAUCCUUGCUGAGCUUGGAUUCUUAAGCAAAGGAGACGUGGUUAUCAAAACUCCAGCAGACUUUAUCGGUGAUGCCGUCGGCAGGUCCGAAUCUAACACGCGGGCCAUUCUCGCGUCAACAUUGGGCAAAGUCUUAAUCAUUGACGAAGCCUACAUGCUUGAUCCCGGCGAUGCCACGGUGAAUCGAGACUCUUACAAAACUGCUGUGCUUGAUAGCAUUGUUGCAGAGGUGCAGGGUAAUCCUGGCGACGACAGAUGCGUUCUCUUGUUGGGAUAUGAGGAUAGGAUGGAGUCGCUAUUUCAAAACGGCAACCCUGGGCUGUCAGGUCGGUUCAUGGCUGACCUGCCUUUCCGAUUUCCUGAUUUCUCAGACCCAGAACUGCGCGAGAUUCUCAAGCUCGAUCUUAAGGGCCGCCAGAUCAACUAUGAACCAGCUGCUUUGGAUGCUGCGGUUGACCUGCUAUCGCGAUACAAGUGCAACCGAGAUUUCAGCAACGCAAGGGAGGUAAAGCUUUUGGUAUCCGAUGCAGUUUUCCGAAACCAGGAGCGACUUAUGUCAAAUCAGAAUCAUGACGAAGACUUUGAACCCCGCCUGGAACCUGAAGAUUUUGAUCCAUGGUUGCGGCCCCAGGGAGUAUCAACAGGUAACGUGGUCAACUGCAGACUUGAUCUCAGUGGCCAUAUAUCCGACUCGGUUAUUGAGCAGUUGGAAAGGUACUUCCCGAGCUCUUUGAACCGCGAGUUAAACCGCCAUAUUCCACGAACCUUCGUAUUUAAGGGACCCCCAGGCACUGGAAAGACAACGGUGGCUAAAUAUAUGGGUAAGCUAUUCCGUGAUAUUGGCCUGCUCCCAGCCCACCAGUUUGUGCUCCGAUCGGCAAAAGACUUCAUCGGGCAGCAUGUAGGACAGACUAUGCCCCAGACUCGAAAGCUGCUCGAGAGUGGUUUUGGCAGAGUUCUAAUUAUCCGGGACAUCCACUUGAUUGCCAAAGGUGGCUACUCAAGUGAGGCUCUCGACGAACUCACGUCAUUUGUGCGGACCUACUCUGGCAGAAUGGCGAUCAUUCUGACAGGGCCCUCAGAGCCAGUGGAUGAUCUUUUGAGCGACAGGCAUGAGCUUGGGACCAUGUUUCCAGAUCGCAUCAUAUUCCGAGACUUGACACCUCUGGAAAGCUUGAAUCUGCUCCACAGACUCAUUCAGGCUACCGUACCUGGCGCACAAACUCCCUUUUUUGCUUCACAGACCGCCACGGAAAUGUUUGAAAAAGCAAUAUCGAUUCUUACCAUGUUCGAGGGCAGGGGAAAUGCCUCGCUUGCUAGGACCCUCAGCAUUCGUAUGGUUCAAAAGGGGGACCAUGAGUUGUUGUUGGCAGCCAGCCGAGAUCCUGGGCGUACCUACCACUGGAAGCUCACGGAAGGGGCAGCAAUGUCAUGUAUCAGGUUUAUGUUCGAAGAGACCCGCAGAAAUGGAGUUCCAGUGAGAAAGAUUGUCCCUGAGCCUGCCAGCGAAGACCGGGCAGCCCCUGAGGGUACUGAUAUCACCCAGCCGACGCAGGCAACAAUUGAAGCGACGUCGGAACCCAAACGUGUGGUUCAUGCACGACACCAGGUGGAGAAUGUGACCAAAGAUAAUCCAAAUCCCACAGGAGAUAAGGAUCCUAAGCCAAAGGAAUCUGGGUUGCAGGACAAACCGACAGCUAAGGAAGCAGCAUCAACAUCCAAUGUUACUAGGGUGACGGAAGAUCAGAUAAGACAACAAGACAAGGAUCUAGAGGAAUCUGAGAGGGAGAACCAAUCGGUUCAGGAAGCUAUUAAGCGGAUGGGCAAGUGCGAGAAUAACUACGACUGGGAUAGGGUUGCUGGUGGCUACAAAUGCAGGGGUGGCUAUCAUUUUGUAACCGAUGCUGAAGUGGCAGCUUAUAUGUAGUUGAGAUUGUUGAAUUUGCCU